CCUCAGUAUUUUAGGAGCUAAGACAAGACGAGUGGAAGGAGAUAAGGGAAGUGAACAGCUGAACACUGAGAGACGAGUUAAUCUAAAGGUGAAGGGAAAGAUAAACACAAAGAGCCAAAGAGGCCCAGAGGAGAAGGAUGUCAGUAAACACCACAGAUCUCUAUGGCAACGACUCAUUUUCCUGCGCCUCCCCCUCGGUGGAAGGUUACCGCUACUUCGGUGUGUUCUGGGGUUCUGUCGUGACCAUAGUGGGAACUGUGGGGAACGUCCUGACUGUUCUAGCCUUCGCCACUGACACCCAUCUGCGCACUCGCUUCAAUGUCCUCAUCGUGAACCUGGCGCUGGCUGACAUCCUGUACUGCACCAUCCUGCAGCCAGUGAGCGUCGAUUCCUACCUGCACCUUCACUGGAGGGGUGGAGCUACGUGGUGUAAAAUGUUCGGGUUCCUCCUUUUUCUAUCCAACAGUGUGUCAAUUAUUACAUUGUGUCUCAUUGCUCUGAGUCGAUACCUGGUGGUUGCUCAUCGGACUUCACGUACCGCUCGGCUGCUGUUGUCUCAGCAGGGUGUUGCUCUGCUCCUCAUGGGUUCAUGGGCACUUGGCACUAGCAGCUUUGCCCCUUUGUGGCCUGUCUAUGUCUUUGCACCUCAGGUCUGCACCUGCAGCUUCCACCGCAUCAAAGGUCGCCCUUACACCACCAUCCUGCUUUUUAUGUACUUCAUCUUCGGGCUGGGCUUUGUUGGACUUUUCUACUUUCUGAUCUACCGCAAGGUGCGUGUUGCCGCAAAGGCGCUGAUCAAGUACAGGCCAAGUCGACGUUCCUCAAGACGCAAAAAGCCUGAGCCUGAAGGUACGGAUGGGGAUGAUAGCGGAAUUGGGAAUGGGACUGCGGCGACUCACAGCAGCGAAGUCAGUGAGCAAGCCAUCGAGAUACACCACACCAAGACCAACAUUAAUGAGCCUCAAGAAAAUUCCAGGGUCACCAAUGCUGUUAAUGUGGUAUCAAAUGAAACAAAAGAUUCACCCAAAGUGGCAGCUCCAACUCCAGCUCCAACACCAGCCCAGACAUCAUCCUCAGGAGAAGACAACGAGUUUAAACGUGUAACCCGAAUGUGCUUCACUGUCUUCCUGUGCUUUGUAGGAUGCUUUGUACCUUUUCUACUCCUGAACAUUGUUGAUAAAAAAAGCCGAGCUCCACAGGUGGUCCACAUGUUCUGUGCAAACCUCACAUGGCUUAACAGCUGCAUCAACCCAUUGCUGUAUGCAGCCAUGAACCGUCAGUUUAAUCAGGCCUAUCGGGACCUGCUGGCCAAAGCAGCAUGGCCAAUAAUGCGAUUAUGGAAAAAGAGCUGAAGGACAUGUAAAUAAAACUGCAUCAACCAAGAAAGUCCUUGCUGCAGAACCAGGGGGUGGAGCCAGACCUGAUUCAACUCCUCCUAUAACCAGUAACCCAUGAGACACUCUACGACAGGGAACAACAAACAUAAUUAUCUGAAACGCACAGAGUUCACUAUAUGCCCUGGUUUGACUCUGUCAAGGUACAAGGAUAUGGUUUAGGUCAGUCUCCAGCCCCUGGACUGUUCGUUUGACUGUACCAAGGUACAAGGAGUCAGAUCAGGAUCAACUACACCCCCUGGACUUUUGGUUCAACUGCCAAAGUACAAGAAAUUGGAUCAUGUCCAACUCCACCACAGACUUUUGGUUUAACUUCUUUCGGAAGUUAAACCAAAAGGAACUACCUAUUCGGAACCAUGAUUACAGGACUUUUGCUGAUUGGAUUAGGCAGUGCCCUGGUGUAUCGAGGAAAUCAGAAAAUGGUGACAGCUGUCCAAAGCCCCAUAAAGCUGCCCGACAUGAUUGAAGUGGUGGGCAGAGCUGUCGGCACUCAGACUGUGGCUAUUUAGAACUUGAACCACAACAUGAAUAACAUCAUGGAGAAGCUUUUGGCUUUGCAAAGGAAAAUGGAUCGAUUCGGAGACCAGAAUGGACAAACAGAGUAGUCGUGUAAAAGAAUGCAUCUACUCGCCCCAAGACCAAACAAUCCCAAUCUUAUCUGGUUUUGGCUCCCUCAGACAGCACUGGUCUUGGCCAAGGCCGUUGCUGGAACAGCAACUCCCCCUGAAGAUCACUGCAGUGAGAUGCUCUUGCAUUCCUUCCCCCACUUCCCAUGGUCACUACUUUUUACCCCCAGUGUGACAAGCUGGGAGAGCGCCUGUCAUGGCUGCAGAUUGGACUGCUUGUUUGCGCUAGGUUACCUAUACCUCUGCCCCUCCCAUGAUCACCCCCACCCUCCCCCCUCGAGUCCCGAGUUUUCAUGUUGUAAAGUGUGUUAUUUUGUGCUUAUGUGCUGAGGUGUUUUUUUUAUGUUCCCACACUGUACUCCCCACAAGAGCAUAGUGUGGGGGUUGCUUUUAUCUCCUCUCCUCAUGCUACUCUGUAUUUUUCAUCCCUGUCUUCCUGUCCUGUCUACUUCCCCUGUGUCAAUUGUAUGUGUGUGUAUAUGUACGGACGGGUUGAUGGCCAAUUUCACUGGUAUUUGUGACUAGUGACAAUAAAAGGGGUUCAUUCAUUAACUCUGCCAAGGUGGAGCAGGUAUGAAUUCACAGCACACACACACACACACACACCCCCCACACACACACACUCCUGGACUUCUGGUUUGACUCUGCCAAGGUACAAGGAGCCAGAUCAGGCUCGACUACACCCCCUGGACUUUGGUUCAACUCUGCCAAAGUACAAGAAAUUGGAUCAUGUCUGACUCCACCCUGCAAUUUUUUUUGGUCCAACUCUGCCAAGGUAUGAGGAGCUGGAGCAGGUCCAUCUCCAUCCUCUGGACUUUAGGUUCUGCACUGACUCUCACUAACUGUAACUAAUACCGAUCAGUGCUAAUGAUGCACAAAGCAAUACUACUAACUGGAAUGUGACAGGAUCUGUCAUGCUUUAUGCCAAGACUUUUUCCAUUUGUUUAUGUCAAAUAGCUGUCAUAGAAAUCUCUGUGAAAGAGCUGUUACCAUAGAAACGAUAAUGUAUUAUGAUCUGUGUGUUAUUUUACUGAUUUUAUAUAUAUUUAUUAUUUUUUUUUAACAUUGCUUUGUAAUUGUGUGUGGAAUCUGCUGGUCUAAAUCAAAAGUUGUUUGGAGAAAUUAUCUUUAUUAUUACAAUGUUAUGGCUGGUACAGCUUUAUUUUUAUUAGAAAGCUUCUCUCCAAUCACAAUUCCUACUGGGAAAGAUUAUAUUACACUGUUUUCUGUAAGAUUCAGGAUCUGUAUAGUUAUGUGCAAAAUUUUGCAUCUGUAUUUGCUUUAUAAUGGAAAAAAAGGUAAAAUCCACUCAUCUAUACAUACACACACACACCCGCCUGCUGUUUUCUGCAGUUCUCUAAUCAGCCAAUCCCUUGACAGCAGGAAGGAUAUAGUAACUCAUAUAAUCACUCUUUAUAACCGUGGUGAGCAGAAAAGCAUCUCAGCAUGCAACAGCAGAAGAACACAGUGAGUUCCACUCCUGCAGCCAAGAACAGGAAUCUUACAAUCAACAAGUUCCUAUUAAAGUGGCCGGGGAGUGUGUAUAUAAACUGUGCUUAUAAUGCUUUGAUAGUUUACUAAUACCUAAUAAAGUUAUAGUAAAUUGCGAUAAAUAAUUUGACUAAAUAAAUCAAUCCUUUGGAA